CUCGUGUCGUAUCGAAAUCGUGAACAUUUUAUGUAAUCAAAUUGGAUACAGUACAGCCUAACCUCACUACGUAAGAAAAUUCAAAACAUUUAAAAAUUUUCAGUUCUUGUGCUGAAAAUGGCUGUUUUGAAAGGCUGGAGGUAUGCUGCGUUAAUAGGUGGACUAUUUGGGGCUAUAGCCAUUACAGUUUAUCCUAUAAUAAUCGAUCCAAUGUUGAACCCUGACAAAUAUAAAAGGGUACAGGAGGUUGCUAAGGCUCAGAUGAAACAAUAUGAUCCACAUGAGCGUCGAACCAGUUGAACAUUUAUAUGGGGAAUUUAUGUAUAUUGAGAACAUGUUUGUUUAUAGUUUUAUUUAAAAAAAAUAAAAGUACCUGUAUAAUUUAAAUAUGUUUAGCACCAUUAAUAUAAAAAUCACUUUAUC